UCUCACUCGUCUUGCCUCUUGUUUACCUUCCUGUGUCCCAUAUGGCUAGCAUGGGCACUCGAGAAAGGUGACUUUUGCGUGGCAAAGCCUCAUACAUGUCCUCCGUCGGCGAAUAAUCCCCUUUGUGGUUCGUUUUUUGUGCGGCUUCUCCAUUUUCGUCGGCCCAUGAGUGAUCGGUGCGUGCCUUGAGACUCACACACAAUUCAUUUUCUGUUCGUUUUCCGCUGCGAGCGUUGAGAUCAUGGGGCUGCUACCGCUCGAGUUCACCGACUGCCUCACCGACAGUCCCUAUUUCCGGGAAAAUCUGCACGCCCAUGAGAAGGAGUUGGAAAAGACAAGCCAGCAGAUCAAGGGACUCAUCAAGGAAGUCAAUAAUGUCAUCAGUGCUGCCAAAAACUUAUCGAGAUGCCAAAAAUCACUAGCCAACAACCUGAUAAACUUCAGUUUCGACUGCAUCGGCACCUCGCUGACCGACGACGAGGUGGUGAUUUCCAACUCGCUGCGCAAAUUCGGCAACCUUAUCGAGCUUAUCGAGGACGAGCGCAACAAGAUGUUGGACACGUGUUACGCUCAAAUAAUCCAACCUCUGGAGAAAUUCCGCAAAGAGCACAUUGGAGGAGUUAAAGAGGGCAGAAAGAAGUUUGAGAAGCAUUCUUUAAAAUUUUGCCAAAGUCAGGAGCGGUACUUAAAUUUGUCUACAAAGAAACAGGACACGGUGCUUCAAGAGGCUGAUGCAACUCUUGAAAUGGAACAAAGGCAUUUUUGCCAAGCCAGUUUACAAUACGUCUGUCUCCUCCAGCAAGUGCAAGAACGGAAGAAGUUUGAAUUCGUAGAACCGUUGUUGAGUUUUAUGUACGGCUGGCUGACAUUUUACCACCAAGGACAUGAUACCCAUCACGAUUUCAAGCCGUACAUGCUAGAUCUGCAAUUCAGAAUACAAAAGACGAGAAGCAAUUUCGAUUCCACGCGGGACCAGACUGACUCGCUCAUGAAAAGGAUGCUUGAGCUGAGAAAUGCGAAUCCAGUUGAUUUGGGAAUUUACAAUAAAAUGUAUACCCGACAAGGGUAUCUUUAUUUAAUGGAAAAAAAGGCGUUUGGCACUACAGCGUGGUCAAAACAGUACUGCAUGUACAAAAAGGACACAAAUGAAGUUACCUUGAUUCCCUACAAUCAGAUAACUGGAAAAUUUAGCCCAACAGAGACUUUUAAACUUGCUUCCUGUGUGAGGCGGAUAUCUGACUCGAUUGAUAAACGGUUUUGCUUUGAUAUAACGUCAGGAGACAAACCGGGCGUUGUACAUACUUUGCAAGCUUUGUCAGAAGAAGAUAGAAAAAAGUGGAUGGAUGUUAUGGGAGGAAAAGAACCUGAGUACACGACACCAGGGAAAGUGACUAAAAGUGAAGAGCGAGCACUCGACGAUGUUGGGUUUUCAUUUGUCGCAAAGUGCAUUGAAGCCCUUGAGGCCAGAGGCCUUGAGGAGCAGGGUUUGUACAGAGUUGUGGGAGUCAAUUCCAAGGUUACGAAACUCAUCAGCAUGGGUCUGGACAGACGGAAAGCAGACAAAUUGAAUUUGGACGAUAGUCUGGAAUGGGAAAGCAAAACGAUAACUAGUGCUCUGAAAACUUAUCUUCGAAGCUUACCCGAACCUCUUAUGACAUUUAGGCAUCAUUUUGCUUUCAUAGCUGCAGCAAAGCAAGAGACGAGGACACAACGAAUAAACGAUGUCCACAGCUUAGUGCAUAGACUGCCGGAGACUAAUUUUGACAUGCUUAAGCUGCUUAUUAGACAUUUAUUGAAUGUUACGUCACACUGUGACAAAAAUUUGAUGACUGUGAGCAAUGUAAGUGUAUGUUUCGGCCCAACUCUCUUGCGUCCAGAAGAGGAAACCGUCGCUGCAAUCAUGGACAUAAAAUUCUGCAACGUGGUUGUGGAAAUCAUGAUAGAAAACUUCAAUCAGAUCUUCGGCACGAAACCUGAAAACCCUUCACCUGAAUCAGAGGUGGCACAGGCCCCUCAGACCCAAGCAAAACCACAGCCACCCCAGGGAAAUAUCAUGACUAAUUCCUACCCUGGGCCUAAACCGAGACAUUCCGCGCAGUACCUGCAACGCACCACAAACAAGUCUGCACCUCCUCCAGUAACCCAUGCUGUGAUAAAGUCAUAUUACGAUGGCCCGCUGAGUGCCAGCCUUCACAAUGUGCAUCAGAGCGCUGGCUUCAUAGCCGGUCAAAACAUUCCAAUGAGAGUUGAUUCCGGCGUCAGUCUGCGGAGCACGACAGCCAACGCUGCUUCUGAAAGCAAUCUGCUGACCAUGUCCCAGAGUCCGCCAAGCAACAGUCCCCCUCUGCACCACCCACCAGUCAACACACUGCCCCUCAAGAAGAAGAACAGCAUCUACGGACAGACUGGAGAUGACGGAAAAAUUGAGCAUGCUGGUUUGAAUAACACCAGCAGUUCCAGCGAGUCGAUGUCGUCUGUGUCGUCCAGAGAUCAAUUUGACACUGUCAUGCCUGCGAAAGGAAGAGCAUCAGGAACAAGACUGAACACCCAUUAUGUGACCCAGUACAAGCCAUUAAAUAACAUGGAUUUCUUUAAUAAUUUUUGUAGGCACCCAAAGGUCUCUCCAGGUGGUACGCGGGCUGCUAGUCCAUCAAGUGUGAAUAACGUGAGACGAGUCCGAACAUUGUACGCCUGUGUAGGAGAAAACGAUGGUGAACUUUCAUUUGAACCAAAUCAAAUUAUUACUAAUGUUCGAGGUUCGCUGGAGCCUGGUUGGUUGGAAGGAACUCUCAACGGGAAGACUGGACUGGUCCCUGAAAAUUAUGUCGAGUUUUUGCCAUAGCCGAUGCAAAUUUCUCAACAACCAGCCAUUGUCCCCUGUGCAAUUUGUUGUGCAACUUGUGGAUUUGAGAAGGACGUUGUAUUAAAUUUACUCCAACGCAUUCCAUACAACAGUGUAGCCAAUAUUGCGACUUAUUAACUAGGUUUUACAUUGUAACUUGAAAGAAGCGAUCGCUCUAUAUUUUAAUAACUAGCCACCAAUCAUCCAGCUGGACAAUUUAUUGAAUUCGAAGUGAAGAGCUUUAAAAUACUGCUUGCGUAAAUUUUGGGCUUUUCGUGCACAAAACUUAGCAUGUGUCCAACACCUAGUCAAACACAUUAAUAUGAACACAAAAAUGUACCAAUAAAUAACGACACACUAAUCCAGGCGUGCCUUCAGCACUUGCAAAUUUAAUUAAUAAUACAACUGCUGAUAAUCUGCAAAUCGCAACACCAUAUCAGUCGGGAAUCCACAAAAAUGAAAAAUAAUCAAAGAAAAAUAUUCUAAAUGGCAAAAGAAAUAGAGCGUGGUGUGAUAUUUAAUGUUGAUUUUACUAUUAAUUUAUUGUGCCAGUUUUCAACACGUGUACUGUUACCAUUAAUUUUACUUUGUAAACUCCCCUAUUUAUUGUAAAUCUUCCUACUGAUGCUGUUUUUAAGUCUCUGUAAUACCCACAUGGCUUAUGUGCUUGUUAACUAACAAACUCCCACUGAACUGUCAAAAGCAAAACUCAAUCUCAUAAGUGUCUCAUGUUCCCUUCAGAGAUGUAGCAAACCCAUCAUGCCUACAUUCAUAUAGUCUUGUGAGAUUAGUUGUUAUGUAAUUUUAUUUUGAGCAUAUUCAUGCAAUCGAGAGUAAAAAAAAACCAAGUCUGUAUAAGAAAAUAAUUUAUUGUU